AUGAGCUUAUUCUCUCGGAUCACUUGUUUUCCUCCCUUGGGGCAAGUAACGUGUCCCCAGAGAAUUCAGCAAGUUCUAAGUUCCGGGGAAGAUGACACGGUUCGAUUUACUGUGGUGAUAGAGUCGAGCCAUUCACUCCCCGAGCAGCCAUGGGAAGCUCAGAUAUGGCAAAACAUCACGAGCCCUGAAUGGGGUGCUUUUCCUCUUCAGCAAAGCUCAAGCCCGGUGGUUUCUCUCCUGAACAAACAUGAAUCAGAGUAUAAGUUUUAUCGCCAUGUGUUUUGCGGAGAAAUCCCGCUGCCAUCACAUGGAGGCUGCGCCCAGUUUACUGUCCGAUACAGAGUCAGCCAAAAUAGCGAUUGGCAAUGGGUGAAUCAACAGCAGAACACCAAGGAUGGAGAAUUGGUAUUUGCUGCAAAAGGACCGGAAGAAGAAAAUAUCAAUUUGGCACAGCUUUCUCUAACAUCUGCAAACGAGGGGCUAGGCAAGUAUUUCGAUGGCAUCUCAAAUAAUCUCGAAGUCGAGUCCCGCAAAAGUGAAGCCCCUGGAUCGACCUUGUGGCAUAUCUCUGGAAAUGUUGGACCAGCUAAAGAUAGUCAGCCUGGACUUACUAAUGUAGUACUUGGAAUACCUUCUCGAACAAUCUUAUACUUUGCUUUAGUCAGGGUAUGGACUCCGUGGCUUGGACCCAGACACGGACGAGGAAAGUUUAGACUAACGGAAGACGCCAUUCUAUGCUCGUUCCUUCGAGAUGAUGGGGAGCACGUAGUACUUCUGGCUGUUUCGGGCAUAAAUAACGUUUUGACCGUCCUUGGGUCCGGUGACAAUGGUGAGGUAGUGAUCAAGUCGCACAAUGACAAUACUACUGCAUCAAACCUUCAAGUACUGGCAUCCGCAGCAGCCAACUUUGAGGUAGCAAUAAGUGCAGUGAUUUACGAGGCGCGGAAGCUAGUUCGGCCUUACAGCGCAGAGACCACUAAUCGGAUUCCAACUCCAGUCUCUCCUCCUGGGGACGAUGUCGUACUAGUCGAAAAAGACGCCAAGGCACAAUGGCUGUCUGAGUGGUACGAUGGUCUGACAUAUUGCACAUGGAAUGGCUUAGGGCAGGAUUUAACGGAAGAGAAGAUCUUCGAUGCCCUUGAUACACUGAAAUCCCAUGGAAUCAACAUCUCUAACCUCAUAAUCGAUGAUAAUUGGCAAACCUUAGACAAUGAAGGUGAUUCCCAAUUCAAGCGGAGAUGGAAACAGUUCGAAGCCAAUCCAGACGCGUUUCCACGAGGGCUGAAGAAGACUGUAGAGACCAUCCGCCGGAAACAUCCGAAUAUCCAACAUAUCGGCGUGUGGCAUGCCUUGCUCGGUUAUUGGGGUGGCAUCUCACCCGACGGCGAUAUAGCUAAGAACUUCAAAACAAAAGAAGUGAGAAUCAAAGAUCCAGCAGCGGGAGGCCCAAUUACCAAGGCCUUUGAAAAGCAGUUACUACUCGCCAUCGACCCAGAUGAUAUCCAACGAUUCUAUGACGAGUUCUAUAGUUAUCUUGCAUCUGCUGGUGUCGAUGCCGUGAAAACAGAUGCUCAAUUCUUUCUUGACCUUUUGAAAGACCCAGAGGAUCGGCGAAAGUUCACGCGAGCCUAUCAGGAUGCUUGGUCCAUAUCUUCUCUGAGGUAUUUCGGGACUAAGGCAAUCUCGUGCAUGUCGAUGUUUCCUCAGGCUAUUUUCAAUUCACAGCUGCCCACUAAUAAGCCUACCAUUCCGUUGCGGAACUCCGAUGACUUCUUCCCAGAAGUACCAGCGUCUCAUACAUGGCAUGUCUUCUGCAAUGCCCAUAACGCACUCCUCACCCGCUACUUGAAUGUCUUACCUGACUGGGAUAUGUUCCAAACAAGUCAUCCAUAUGCCUCUUUCCACGCAGCUGCACGAUGCGUUUCCGGCGGCCCAGUUCAUAUUACUGACGAACCGGGGAACCAUAACAUCUCGCUCAUUAAUGAGAUAACAGCCCCAACCACCCAGGGAACUACGGUAAUCCUUCGGCCUAGUCUAGUAGGCCGCACCAUUGAUAUGUACCACGAUUACAACGCUGGCCAAGUACUACGGGUGGGUACUUAUACUGGCUGGGCCCGAACUGGAAGUGGGAUUCUCGGCCUCUUUAAUGUUUCUGAAAAUCGCAGAACCAGUUUGGUGUCUCUGCAAGAAUUCCCGGGUAUACAUGAUGACUACGAUACGAAAUACAUAGUCCGAUCUCACACAAGCGGCAUUAUAACAGACCUCAUAAAGCCAAUCGACCGAAACGCGCUGGUGGGAAUAGUGUUAGAAGACAAAGACUGGGAGAUCUUGACCGCAUACCCCACCCAGGCCUUUACGUUGAAGCGCAAAAAUUCCAGUGACAUUAGAGAACCGAAUCCUACGCACGCUACAGUACUAGGACUGCUUGGAAAAAUGACCGGUUCAGCUGCCAUAGUGAGUUCUGACAUCUACGUGGAGGCAAACGGGCGUCUCCGCUUCGAUAUUAGUCUCAAAGCACUUGGUACAUUGGGUAUCUAUAUAUCUGACCUGCCUGAUUGGAGCAUCGAGGACGACUUCAUGGUCACAAUUCUUGGUUACCCUGUACCACGGAAAACUGUUUGGAAGGAAGGGGAUGAUGAAAAGUCCAAAGUACUGGCUGUGGAUAUUCUGACGGCAUGGCGGGAGAUGAAGUUGAAACCGGGAUGGAGUAAUGAAGUUAUUGUGCAGGCAAUUGCGUUCAUGAUCUAG